AGUGUUUUGGAAGUAGAUGCAGAGAGUGUAAUAGAUGAUGCUUUCGAUAAUUCGUUGAAUUCUUCCAUCGAUCCCAUACUGGGUGAUCCGACGCUAUUCCGCGAAUCCUGCAGAACCGUAAUUCAUCGAAACAUAAAUGUGCUUGGUUUUCUUUUCCGAUUGGUGUUUCCAGAAGAGUUCGCUGCGAAAGAAGAUAGUGACGUUAUUGUUAUUGACUAG